CACGGUUUUAGGCAAGACACCAACACCACAACAUGCCUCCUCGUCGUGCCUCCGCCCGCAUUGCUGCAGCCUCAGCAGAGAAAGAGAAGCCAAAACCUAGCAAACCCAAAGUAUCUUCAAAAGCUAGCAAGAAACGCGUGCAUUCAUCCGAACCUCAAGACAAUGAAGACAAGCACCAGAAUGACAGCGACGAACAAGAACCUCCGAAAAAGAAGGCAAAGAAAUUCACUGCUGUACCCAAGGGCGCGAAGGCAUCUAAGGGUAGGUCGAAGGCUAAGAGAAAGAAAGUAGAUGUCGAGGAAGAUGAGGUGGUUGAUCAAGGUGAAGGAGAUGGGGAAGAGGGAAACAAAGAUGAGGAAAUGAACGAGGAUCCCAAAGAUAAUGCGAAGGAAGUUUUGUCUUCGCCUUCGCCACCUCCCGCUCCAGCACCAGCACCGAAGAUUGUCUCUGUGAAGAAACGAGGGUCGGCACCUGUGGAUCCCGAAUCCUCCUUUGUGGACACGCAUCAAGUGUAUGAAGCAAACGGGGAGGUUUGGGAUUGCAUGCUUAACCAAACCAAUAUCUCGAAUAACAACAACAAGUUCUACGUCAUUCAGCUUCUUCAUCCCAUCGGAAACUUGGGGAAUGUGCUACUUCACACCCGCUGGGGGCGCGUGGGCGAGCGAGGUCAAAGCCAGCAGAAGGGGCCCUUUGAUCCAAGCAUUGGUAUCCGCGAAUUUUGCAAGCAAUUCAGAAGCAAGACGACAGCUGACUGGGCAAAUCGUCGCACUAUGAGGGACUUCAACGACGACCAGGAGGAUGAGGAUGAAGAGGACAAGGGGAAGGGGAAGCAGAAAGAAAAAGACCUCAAGUUUCCUGAUGCGAAGGCUGCUCCCCAAGUUCAGCGCCUCGUGGAGUUCAUAUUUAAUAGCAGCUUCAUCAACGCUCACUUGCAAGAAAUGAACUAUGACGCCAACAAGCUUCCCCUCGGAAAGCUUGCGAAAUCAACAAUUCUGAAUGGCUUCACCGCUCUUAAAGCGAUUGCAGAAGUGCUCGCUGAUCCCGGUGGUAGUCUAGCGGUGUCUCAUGGCGGGGCAGUGAGGAGUCAUUCCCAUAGCUUUGGGAGAAAUCGGCCGGUCAUCAUCAGCGACGACACGUUGCUCAAAAAGGAACUUGAAAUGCUUGAUGCCUUGGGCGAUAUGCAAAUCGCAACCAAAGUGCUCACGACUAAGGAGGACUCUGAUAUACAUCCCAUCGAUGCAUCACUUGCAAGCCUCAAUCUUUCCAUCGUCGAGCCAUUAGAACAUUCAUCCAAAGAAUUCAAAGCAUUGGAGAAGUAUGCCCAGGAUACGCAUGGAGAGACGCACGCCUACUACAAGGUCCAAGUUGAGGAGAUUUUCAGGAUCCAAAGGAGCACUGACGACAAGGCGGAUCUUUCCGUUGAGUCGGGAGAGCGACUGCUGCUUUGGCAUGGCUCUCGCAGUACCAACUUCGCAGGUAUACUCAAGCAAGGUCUUCGAAUUGCCCCUCCGGAAGCGCCAGUCUCAGGAUACAUGUUUGGAAAAGGCGUUUACUUUGCAGAUCAUAUGUCCAAGUCUGCUGGCUAUUGCUAUGCAUACUUGUCUCAAAGCACCGGGCUACUUCUUUUGGCAGAAGUCAUCGCUAAACCCUUCGUUGAAUUGAUGGACGCCAAAUACGAUGCAGAUACCUUGUGCAAGAACCAGGGAAUGCGUGCAACAAAAGGGAUUGGCCGUGUCCAGCCAGUUGAAUGGGAGGAUUGUGCGGAAGUGCUCGGAAAUCCCGAGCUGAAAGGCAUACAAAUGCCCAAGGGUAAAGGCCGAGAGUAUAAUGAGUAUAUUGUGUACGACACAUCCCAAAUCCGGCUUCGGUACCUCUUACGAAUAAAGAUGCAAUAAUCGGAUCGCACAGUUGCUGGACAACAUCCCACUGUCAGUGUUUGGCGCAUGCUAUAUAUGUAUGGCCGGGUUUACAGCAUUGUUUCCUGUACGAUCGUAACUUAGCAACUUGGUUUCCGUAAACUAUUGCUACAAAACUUAUUCAAUGAUCCUGGAGACAUGACAUAACUUACGACAGAACAUGUUAGGGUGAACGGAACUGACCACGCCUA